AUGGUGCCAGAGUCCCUGUUGACCACCGUGCUUCGAGAGUUUGUCCAAUGCCAGAAAACCCACUGUCGCUAUUGUCUUGUCCCGCAGGAGAAGUGCGAAGCUCUCAGCCGUGUAGAACUCAUUGAAACCAUUGUCGACAGGGAUGCCACAAUAGUUGAGAUCCCACGAGAUAAUGAAAACCUGCGCAGACUCAAACGCCGCGAGACUUCUACAACAUCCGAGAGCGGCUCUCACACAUCAUCAGACUCGCGGAUGUCGCAGCUGCAGCUAGCCCUUGCAGGUCAAGGCGAUCCCAACGAUGCCUUCGCUUUGCCCCGGACUGGCAGGACACGGGGCUGGCUUAUUCCUGCGAUUGCCAUCUCGAUUGCGAUCCGCCGGAACAUGAGUAAUGUUUCUACUGAAGAUCUGGGGAAGAUAAGUUUGGAAGAUAUCAGCCGGUACACGGUGCGUCGCGCUGAAUUCAAAGUUGGUGCUUGCUUGGCAGGGUCGGCCCGGAUGUUUUUCGACCGCGUGAAGGACGUUGUGUUCUGCGGGGCCGAUGGCGAUCACGAUUCUUUCGACAUCAUUUGCAUUCACAACUUCAAGUCCAAUGCGACCAACAGCAGCAUCUGGCAGAGGAAGAGCUUUCUCCGCUCUUGA